AUGGAUAAACACAAUCCUUUGCAACCGUAUGCUUACGACUCAUCUACGAAUGGAGGUGCUAAUUCAGCUCAUAAAACCGAACUGGUACGGAAGACUGAUUUCAAACAGGAAAAAUGCUUUUUAAGCUUUACCCCAAGUCUAAAGAGAAAGAUGGGGGAAAGCUUCAACGAAAAGGAUAACAUCAAGAAGAGAGAAAAAGAUUUUGAUUCGGAUGAAGGUGAAGAUGAAAAAUACGAUCACAAAGAUGUUCUUCAAACAGAAGAUGACCCCCCAAAGGGCACUCUCAAACAAAGACUAAUAUCGAAUUUUCCGAGCAGUCCCCCUUUGGAUGCUCAAAUACCAUCUGAAUUUGGAGAUUGUGAAGAAGCAUUUUAUAUUGCCGAUUCACCUACUUACUUGCCAAGUGACGACAUAAUCAAUACUUCCUUUCUUCAAUCUUCGGUAUCCUUUCAUCAACAUAGAAAUCCAAGUUCAGAUGCAGAUUUCGGGAUUGACAGGUUUAAUAGGUUUAAAAAUCCUAGCAUAAAUCAAUGUCCAUCUACAGAUAAAGACAGAGACAGAAUAGAAGAAUACGAAUCUCAACAGAAAUCAACCUUAUUGAAAGCAAAAGAAUUGGUAUUAGAGGCUUUUGAAAACAUACAGCCAAAUAUCAACUUAGAGGGUAUGGGUCUACAUGAUUUGCCUGAGGAGAUUAAAGAUUUUGAUAAAUUAGUGAUCUUUGAAACUGAGCCAAUUAGUCAAAUUUCUUACCAAUUGUAUCUAACUAAUAAUAAGUUGACAGAUCUCCCGCCAUCAUUAUUCAAAUUUAGCAAGCUUAAUGUGUUGGGACUUAGACAAAAUAAGCUAACACGCAUCCCUCCUUUGGUUAGGAAGCUUAGGAACAUGACAGAUCUAUAUAUAGGCACAAACAGAUUGCAGUACCUUCCUCCUGAGAUAUUAGAUCUUCCUUCUUUGAGCACUUUCAGGGCUGGACCGAACCCAUAUAUUAAGGUUCACGAGGAUGCGAUUCCUAUUUGUUCUUCAAAAAACGCGUCUUCUAAGCGAUUGAAGUAUAUAUCUAAAUUGAAAUGGAUAUCUAUGGAAAGAAGCAAAGUGCCUUCUUUGAAAGCGAUCUGUCUAAACAUAAUUGCAAAUUAUGAUGUCUCCUAUCAAGAGACCAAGAAUUGGAAGAAAUCAACACCUAAACUUUACCACAACUCGAUUAUAAAGGCAAUAGCAAAGGGUCAAUACGAGGAGACAUGCAGCGAAUGCGAUAAUAUUGUGGUCGAUCCUGUGGCUUACUCUAUAGAGUGGUGGGACUUUUUGCUGAACAGGGAGAUUCCAAUUAGAAGAGAAUUUUGCAGCGGAAAAUGCGCUGAAAAAUGGGAAGCAAGAACAAUAACGAAUAUAGAUGAUUCAUGA